GGUUCACUUCGUCAGCGAGAUUAAGAGAGGAAGGAGUUCAGAGCUAGAUUUAGACCCUGACAGUUGUCCCCCACGUCGGUGAUGUGUACUACAACUUUAAUAGUGUGUUCUACAACAGCGGUGCCCAGCGGACAAUGCUUCAACAAACAUCUCUCACUCACUGCCUACUGUAUCAACGAGCCCGCAGCUGAUCAGCAAUUCAGUUCCCGCCAUUUAUACAGACAGCAGUAACCUCGUGUGUGGUGAAGUGCGUGAGUGAAUCGGAGUGUUUUCGUGAUAGUAAUUUUAAAUUAUUUCACUAUGGUGGAGUUUCUCGUGAGUGCAAUUACUGAUUUUCCAAUUUUUAUUAUCACCCUGAUAUUGGGUGCGACCGUUUUAGUGAUUGUGUACAUAUCGAAUUUAUUUAAGUCUCAGAAAGAAGAACCCGUAAAAAGUGUGUCGAGUGAGGAACGGUCGCAAGUGACCAAAGUUACUUCGAGCGACCAGACAACAGUCAAGACCAAGAAGAAACCAGAGAAAUGGAAUCAGAAGUUGUCUAAACAAACUUUCACCCAUCAAUGGAUGGUUUCCAGUUUGAAAGGUCACUCGGGCCAUGUCACGGACCUUGACUUCAGCUCCAACGGAAAAUUUCUCGUCACCUGCGCAGAAGAUAGAGCUAUUUUCAUCUGGAGUACAAAGGAGUUUUCCAGCAAGGAGCACAAGCAUGUUCGUCACAAUGUGGAGUUCGACUUCGCCUCGCUCGUCUGUUGGUCGCCCGACUCGAAAGCAUUCGUCAUCAACAGAGGAACUGAGAACACCCUCGAGGUUUACAAAGUCUCGCGACGCCCGGACGGAUGGAUUUCCAGCAUCGCAAAGGCCUUUACAUUUCCUAAGCAAUUCGCCGAGGAGACGGUUGGACUCGGCGUGGCAGUUAACGGCAAGUUCAUCAUGAGUUGUUCAGCCGCUAAUCAGCUGGUCAUUUGGGAUUUGAAGGGCUCAGUGCUGACAACCUUAGAUACAUGUCUGCUGAAUACAUUCAGGGCUAAAGUGUCUCCUUGUGGACGCUUCGUGGUGGCAUCAGGUUUCGCCCCCGAUGUGAAGGUAUGGGAAGUAGUGUUCGCCAAGACAGGAGAGUUCAAGCAGGUUUCAAGGGCGUUUGAGCUGGCCGGACAUUCAAGCGGUGUGUAUGACUUUGACUUCAGCUCAGACUCUAGCCGAAUAGCUACGGUCAGCAAAGACGGAACGUGGAAAGUCUUCAACACAAAUAUUGAAUUUGAGAAAGGAGAAGACCCACACUUGUGUGUGACUGGGAAGUACAAUGCAAGCUCGGCUGCGGCACAUCUCGCGUUGUCUCCCAACGGAGAAGUGGUCGCUAUAGCAACCGGUGCAACACUCAGUCUAUACUCAGCUCUCUCUGGCGUCUGUGAUAAAGUCAUAGACAACGUUUAUAGCAAUGGUCCGAUAUCUCGAGUGUUGUUUGACUCCGCUGGAGACUACGUGUUGACGGCCGGUGAGAAGCAUGUCCGAGUCUUCCACAACAUGACGGGACGACGGACGGCCAUCGUGUCCGCCCGGGACAAGCUGUCCACCUCCGGUAUUUCCACGGCCACUAGGGAGAGACUCGAGGGCAUCGUGAAAGAAGCUGAAGAGUUCCUCAAGAGUUUCAAAGAGCCUGUGGCCUUUAAGGGUAAAUAGCGAAAUGGCUACGAAGGAACCCCACUUAUCUAAAUAUUGGUUAUAGUUAACUAUUGGUAAACUAGCUAUUUGGUAUUUCAUCGGGACUAUAUAAUAUACAUGGUGUCCCACAAAGAGGUUGCUUUUUUUAAUUGAGACACCGGAGGUAUCAAAGGCUUGAAACUUUAGAGGUACAAUAAGAAACGUAUGAAAAAAAUCAACAAGUCUCACUUGACCUGAUGUCAGAACAAAAUGGCAGGAAUCUAAGUAGCCUAAUGGUGUUUUUUUGUUAAAGUAAUUUAUUUGAUGCAAAGCAAAACCAUUUUUAAAUAAUGCCUGAUUACAAGUGAAUCAAAAAUAAAGAGACGGGAAAGAGUUAAAUCAGAGAGAUCAAAGAUAUCUUCAGCAGUUGUUUUCACGUUUAAUUACCAUAUAGGCCUACUACAAAUGUAUGUAAUCUAUUAUUUUUAAUAAUCCACAUUUUUUGAACCUCCAAUGGUAUGAUAUACAAGUCAUGUUGUCGUCUGCUCCAUUAAAAUUGUUGGCCAAGCCAAACCAACUACCUGCGCUACUACAGUGGUCAGUUCCCGUUUCCUAAAUAAUCUUCUAAUUGAUACAAAUUUGUUCAUCAUGGUUUCAGUUAACCCAAGUUUUGGUUUACCGGGUGCGGGUUGAAUCUAAUGUAUACCAUUUCAAAAAACAUGUUUAGACUCAACCUUUUAUUCUUAUAAAUAAAAAUUAAGUCAAUUAAUAAUUGCAUUCAAUGAAAUGAAAUGAAAAAAUU